AUGCCUUCUGCCUACAAAAGCAAGGGCAAAGGCCGCGAUGCGCGCCAGUCGCGCAGUCGCAACACCACACCAUCCAACGCGAUCAGCACUCCCGUGGUUUCAAUUCCACCUCUUCCGAGCUAUCUUGAAAACGAUGUAAGCAAGCUUAUUGAUCUGGCCAAUGGCCGGUACACGGACUUGCUAGACCUCGUGGCCGGGCCCAACAUCCCCGACUCUAAGACCCUCGAAACCCUGGUGGAGCACCUCAAAAGUCUCAGUGACAUGGCCGAUGCUCGCGGAGAAGCUUGCAAUGCUGGGAUGCGAGAAAUGUCCCAGAAACGCAAAGAGGUGGUAGAGGAUCAUGAGUUAGAUCGUGAGGUGGGGGAUCGCGCAAAGCUCAAGCGGGAGACCGAGGAAGAUGAUGAUCAGGUACACAAGGGUGUCAAGUUUAAGAAGCGUAAAGAGCGCGCAAGUGCAAAGGAGGAAAGGCCAUUGAAUCGUGGCGCACAUGAUGUCGCUCGUCAAGAUGGGGCAGAAACUAAGGUUGAAGGAGACCCAGCGGCCUCCCCAGCAUCCAAAAACUCGAAGAACGCAGCUUCAGACGACAGUUCCUCCCUUUCACCUCCAUCCAUGCUAUCUCCUAACGGCGCUUCGGCUGCAGCCGAUGGUGCCGCUGCGCCUGGAUCUCCCGAGUCGGAGAGUGCGGAGUCUCAUCAGCCUGAGCCCCAACCUGCGGUACCCCAGAUUCAGGUGUUCGGUGACAACCCGCUCAAGUUUGAUGAUCCGACCAUAUACCACAUUCGAGACGUCCAUCCGGACAUGACCGACGACGAAAAGAAAGAAAUUUACAGCGUUGCUCGUUUCCCCAAAAGUGACCUUAGCCACAUGAUGGCUGGUGUGGCCCCGGACAAGGACUUCAGCAACGCCAAGCCUUCGAACCAGGUCAGCGCCAACACCUUCCAGGCAUACAUUGACCCGUAUGUGCGGCCUCUUGUUGAAGAGGACAUUUCCUGGUUAAGAGAUAGAGGUGAUCGUGUGACCCCGUUCAUAAUUCCACGCCGCGGAAAGAAAAACUACCGGCAGAUUUGGGCGGAUGAGGAUGGACUUGCUUAUGAUCAGAGCCAAGACGACAAAGACCAGUUCCCUUUGAACCAAGGCCGUGGCAGCAUCGACCAGCUAACCGACGACAAACUCGAGUCCAAUGAGAUUUCGAUUGGACCACUCCUCAGUCGGCUGUGUUCUCUCCUGCGCUACGAGCACCGCACCCUUCCCGAGGACAAUUCCCAGUCUAUAAAUGGCGAGACAAAUACCGAGACAAAUGGCUUGGGCGGAGACGCAAUGGACAUCGACCAACCCAACGGCGAUAUGGAAACCAAGCCUGAGAAUAAACCCCAGCCACCCGCGACAGCCUUCCGAGACGCAUCCCCGAGCGGAUUCAAGACAUCAGUCGCCAAACUCGACCACGCGCAGCUCGACGAGCGCGUCAAGGCCGAGCUUCGCUACAUUGGGUUCUUCGGGCCCGACGACAACCCGGAUUACGACGCGCACUACGACGAUGAAGUCGCCGAGCGCCUCCGACUGCUACAGGGCGAGCUCAAGAAACAGAUUAUCACCAACAACGCCCGCAAGGCGCGCAUUAUGAAGGUCGCCCAGGAGCACAUGGCCUUGCUGGAAUUCACCACCAUCCAAGACGACCUCGAUACCCAGGUUCAGCAGGCCUACCUCAAGCGUACCCGCACCAUGGGCAAGAGCAAGAAGGGCGCACAGGCGAAGCAGCGGCCCGGCGUCGCCACAGUGACCGGAGCAGGUACAGGCGUUUCUCGUCCUGCUGUCGGAGACGCCGCUAAGAUCGUCAUGGAUCGCCGCAAGCGCUGGAACGAUGCCUUCUUGCCCAUCUUCGACGAUAUCAAAACCACUAUUCCGUCCGAGGGCGAGACUAUCUUCGACCCGGCAACUAUGACCGAGUACGAGAAGGCCGAGCUCGAAGCCUGGGAUGAAGAAUAG